UCUAACUUGCUAGAUUUCGGACAUCGUGUUAGGGUUUGCAGACUUGCUGUUGUUGUUCGUUUAUUCGCACUCACCAACUUUCAGGAAUAGAAUAAUGCGUUUUCGGAACCUCUAUUUGUAUGCAUCCAACUACACAAAACGACGUUGCACUUCCUCGGUUGUCUGGUUUCAGCUGUAACUGCGAAAUCCAAAGAUUAUGGGCAGUAUCGUGCGUCCUUUGCACGAUAUUUUGUUCCUUCCGUGGAUCACGUGCUCAGGCUUUGACCUCAAACCCUAAUUUCAGUGUUCAACGUCUCAGUUCCCGGCUGUUUCGUUUCUCUUCGUCACUACUGAUUUCGCUGUGAAUUUAGCAUUUAGGCAUAUCAUUGUCCACUCAAAUUGAAUACGCAAAUUGCAAAAUGGAGCUAUUAUUUGGGUUUGAAAUAUCAUUUUGACUUUUGGCAUGAGUUAAGUUCUCACAUUUGUUGGGUUUAUUUUGUGAUCCAUAUCUUUCUUUUAUGAGAUGAGUAAAUUAAACUAAUUGGCUUAUUUUUCCCAAAUUUGGUGAAGGUUUUUAAUGGAUGGGGAUCAUGACGAGUUGGGUACUGUGCAUGAAGAGAAUGUUGAUCUUGGACCUCAGACACCGAAUGACUUGGACUUGAAUGUGGAGCAGAACUGUUGCAGCCCAGACAUUGUUCAUGUUUAUGGCUCUCAAUCUGGUCUUUCUUCAACAAAUGUACUCAGCAACAGUACGGUGUUGGGAAUUGGUACGGAAUUUGAGUCUGAUGACCAUGCAUACAGAUUCUAUAAUAAGUAUGCCAGAUUGGUGGGUUUCAAUGUUAGAAAAGAUUGGAUAAAUAGGAGUAAAGUACAUGGUCAGGUGGUGUCUAGGAAGUUUACCUGCUCCAAAGAGGGAUACCGCAGGAAAGACAAAAGAGAUACUAAUGUGAAGAAACAUAGGAAGGAAACCAGAACUGGCUGCUUGGCACACAUGAUCAUCACUCGUCAACCAGAUGGUAAAUAUCAGGUCACCCACUUUGAAUCACAACAUAAUCAUGACAAUAUAAACCCUAGCAAUGCUAACAUGUUAAACUUGCAAAAUGAAUUUAGUAUUGCUCAAGCUGUGCAUGCUGACUCCAGUAAUAAUUUGGGACCUAAAUCAAAGUCUGCAUUAGAUAUGAUGAAUAAAAAACUAGGUGCCCGUGAAACUCUUGAUCAACUUUCCAUGAAUUAUGACAAUUACCUUCAUUCUGAAAGGGAAAGAGACAUGAGUGAAGGAGAAGCAGGGCGUUUGCUGGGUUAUUUCCAAAGGCAACACUUUGAAAAUCCAACAUUUUUUUAUGCUAUACAGCUUGAUGUUGAUGACAAGGUAAGCAAUCUAUUUUGGGCUGAUGACAAUAUGGUGGUGGAUUAUGACCAUUUUGGUGAUGUCAUUUGUUUGGAUACAACUUGCAGAACAAACAGAGAUCUUCGGCCAUUUGUACAGUUUUUAGGUGUUAAUAAUCACAAACAAGUGUUAAUCUUUGCUGCUGCUUUUUUGUAUGACAAUACCAUUGAAUCAUUUAAUUGGCUAUUUCGAACUUUCACUAAUGCAAUGUCUGGAAAAAAGCCAAAGGCCAUUCUCACAGAACAAGAAGUUGUAAUUAUUGAAGCAGUCAAUACAGUUUUACCUGAAACAAACCAUUGUACAUGUGUAUGGCAGAUGUAUGAGAAUACUUUGAAACACCUGAGCCAUGUUGUUAAGGAUGCUGAAUCUUUUGCAAAUGAUCUAAGGAGCAGUAUUUAUGACCCCAAGGAUGAGGAAGAAUUUACUCAUGCUUGGGAGGCUAUGCUGGAGAAGUAUAAUCUCCAGCAAAAUGAAUGGCUGAGAUGGAUGUAUAGAGAAAAAGAGAAAUGGGCUGUUGUCUUUGGACGGAAUACAUUUUUUGUAGAUAUCAAAGGCUUUCAUUUAGGUGAGCUUUUAUCUCACAAGUUUAGAAGUUAUUUAAAUUCUGACCUUGAUAUAGUUCAAUUUUUUAAGCAUUUUGAAAGGGUAGUUGAUGAGCAACGUUAUAAAGAAAUAGAAGCUAGUGAUGAAAUGAGCGGUUGUUUGCCAAGGCUCAUGGGUAAUGUAGUUUUGUUGAAGCAUGCAAGUGAUGUUUAUACUCCAAGAGCAUUUGAAGUAUUUCAGCGAGGAUAUGAGAAGUCUUUAAAUGUUCUUGUUAACCAAAACAGUAGAAAUGGAUCAUUGUCUCAGUAUAAAGCAAAUACAUUUGGGCAUACUAGACAAUACAGUGUUACCUUCAAUUCUUCAGAUGAUACAGUUGUCUGCAGUUGUAUGAAAUUUGAGCAUGUUGGAUUUCUGUGUAGCCAUGCACUAAAAGUUCUCGACAAUAAAAACAUAAAAGUAGCUCCAUCACAGUAUAUCUUGAAGAGAUGGACAAAAGAUGCAAGGUUGGGAAAUCUCAAGGAGAUUAGGCAAUAUAAAAUGCAAGAUAACCCUAAGAUGGUUGUGGCAAGUUGUUACAAAGAUUUGUGCCUCAGACUUCUUAAGUUAUCAGCAAGAGCCUCUGAAUCUGUAGAGGCUUAUCAAUUUGCCACGAGGCAACUUGAUGAAGUGAUGGAAGGAGUGGAGAAAAUCUUGACAUUGAAAGUUGAGGAAGCUCAAGUUAUCACCUCAAGUAGUAUUGAUGCAAAUGCUUCAGAAAGCGAGCCUGCAGAAAUCUUUCUGAAUCGACAUGCGAUUGAGGAUCAACUCGAAAGUAACAGAGUAAAUGGAGAAGAUAGGAGAGCUACGCAAGAUAGGGACCAUCAAACAACCGUGAAUUGUAAUGGAACUGAUUCUGAUAGGAUUUUGAGUGUAGAAGUAUCUUCUCCAAAUACUGUUGUAUGCAUUCCAAGCCCCUCAUCUGUAUAUGUUUCAUCUCAAUCCGCAGCACCAAAUCCCAUUUUGCAGGGUUUGUACAGUUUUGAAGCCAAUCAAGCAGUUCACUGCAUUUAUGAGCAGCCUAAUCUUGUGCUGGACCAUCAAUCUAAUACUAACAUAUUCCAACCGCCAAACUUCUUUUCUAACCAGCAUGAUUCUCCUGGCCAAUCUCAACUAUUGCCGGAGCCUAUAAUCCAAAGCACAUACCAUGAGUCCAUGGCAAGCAAUAAUCAGAUGAGACAGGGGAUGGAUCUUGAUAUCCAAAAUCCACAUUCAUCUUCAUUCUUGCUGUAUGACCAUAGAUACCGAAGUUCUGACUCUGCAUAAAGUACGAGGGAAAAACCUGGUUGAAUCAUUUUCCUCUAUUGGCAAUGCCAAUAUUUUUGCUGUACAGUAGGGAUAGAUCUAGUCAUAAACAUGGAGAAGAGUCCUCCUAUAUUUGUAAAUGACCAAACAUACACCAUAUGAUAUUGUAGCUCAUAUGAACAUCACCUAAUUGACUAUGAACUUUCGGAAUGAAAGUUAACGUAAA